CUUCCCUCGCUCCAAUGCCGCCGAGCUGGUCCCCACUUAUGUGCGGCCGUGCUGCAGAGGCGGCGGCGAGCUCCCGGACUCCGGGCAGGGAAAUGGGGCAGGCAGUGACGCGCCGCCUGGGAGCUGGAGCCCGCGCAGCGCCCCGCAGGGCGAUGGACGGCCGAACCCCGCGCCCGCAGGACGCCCCAGCAGGGAGAAAACCAAAAGCCAAGGCACCACUUCCUCCAGCUGAGACCAAAUACACUGGUGUCUCUUCAGCUGCUGAUUGUAUAGAAUCCACUGCUUUCAUCAUGGAACAGAAAGAAAACAUGAUAGAUAAAGACGUUGAACUCUCAGUGGUCCUACCUGGGGAUAUUAUCAAAUCUACUACUGUUCAUGGCAGUAAACCUAUGAUGGACUUGUUGAUAUUCCUUUGUGCACAGUAUCACUUAAAUCCAUCAAGUUACACAAUCGAUCUCUUGUCAGCUGAACAGAACCACAUUAAAUUUAAGCCAAACACACCAAUAGGAAUGUUGGAGGUAGAGAAGGUAAUUUUAAAGCCAAAAAUGUUGGAUAAGAAAAAACCUACACCUAUAAUACCAGAGAAAACUGUGAGAGUAGUGAUUAAUUUUAAGAAAACACAGAAGACCAUAGUGAGAGUGAGUCCACAUGCAUCACUUCAAGAGCUUGCCCCUAUUAUAUGUAGCAAAUGUGAGUUUGAUCCGUUGCAUACACUAUUGUUGAAAGAUUAUCAAUCGCAGGAGCCUCUCGACUUGACAAAAUCUCUUAAUGACCUGGGACUAAGAGAAUUAUAUGCGAUGGAUGUCAACAGAGCCACUUCUGUUACUGUCUUCAGUAAGUCAUCUUUACAAGAGUCCUGCCAAAUAUCACAAAACCUAGAUAUUAUGAAGGACAAAGAAAAUAAAGGGUUUUUCAGUUUUUUUCAACGCAGUAAGAAAAAGCGGGACCAAACUGCAAGUGCCCCUGCAACCCCUCUAGUAAAUAAGCACCGCCCGACUUUUACAAGGUCCAAUACCAUUUCCAAACCAUAUAUUUCCAACACCCUGCCGUCGGAUGCACCCAAGAAGAGGCGGGCUCCACUGCCCCCGAUGCCAGCAUCUCAGAGUGUCCCCCAAGACCUUGCACACAUCCAGGAGAGGCCUGCUUCUUGUAUAGUGAAAUCCAUGAGCGUGGAUGAGACAGAUAAGAGUCCCUGUGAAGCAGGAAGAAUGAGGGCAGGUUCACUGCAGCUCAGCAGCACGUCUGCAGGGAAUUCAUCUUUGAGAAGGACAAAGCGAAAAGCACCUUCCCCACCCUCCAAAAUACCCCCGCAUCAAAGUGAUGAAAAUAGUCGUGUGACUGCCUUACAGCCAGUAGAUGGAGUUCUUCCAGACAGUGCUUCAGAAGCAAACUCUCCAGAGGAGCUAUCCAGCCCAGCUGGAAUAAGCUCUGAUUAUAGCCUUGAAGAGAUAGAUGAAAAGGAAGAACUGAGUGAAGUGCCUAAAGUUGAAGCUGAAAAUAUUUCUCCGAAGUCACAAGAUAUUCCUUUUGUAUCUACUGAUAUAAUAAAUACACUGAAAAAUGAUCCUGACUCAGCCCUUGGCAAUGGUAGUGGAGAGUUCUCACAAAACUCCAUGGAAGAAAAACAAGAAACUAAAAGCACAGAUGGACAAGAACCACAAAGUGUAGUAUAUGAUACAAGCGAUGAAAAGAAGGUAGUUGACAGUAUAAGAAACUUGAAGUCGUUGGGCCCAAACCAAGAGAAUGAGAACACAGAAGACAAUAUGAAAAAUGGAAUGAAGAAAACAGAAAUCAGUGUAGGAGGUGUUGCCAAAAAUAACAACAUUGAUAUAGAAGUUGAGAGACCAUCAAACUCGCAGGCACAUGAAACUGAUACUGCUAUAAGUUACAAGGAAAACAAUCUAGCAGCUUCAUCAGUACCAGAUCAAAAACUGAAUCAACCCAGUGCAGAAAAGACAAAAAUGCAAGAUGCAGCAAUUCAGACAACCCCUUCUUGUAACAGUUUUGAUGGGAAACACCAAGAUCAUAAUUUGUCUGACUCCAAAGUUGAAGAAAGUGUGCAAACUUCAAAUAACAACAUAUCAACUCAACACUCAUCCUUAAGUUCACAAGAUUCUGUAGAUACCUCAGAGGAAUUCAGGAGUCAAGGCACCCUAAUUAUACAUUCAGAAGAUCCACUUACCGUAAAAGAUCCAAUUUGUGCACAUGAUAAUGAUGAUCUUUUGCCUCCUAUAGAUAGGAUUGACAAAAAUUCAGCUGCUUCUUACCUAAAGAAUUACCCACUUUAUAGACAGGACUACAAUCCCAAGCCAAAACCUUCAAAUGAAAUUACACGAGAGUAUAUACCCAAAAUUGGCAUGACUACUUAUAAAAUAGUGCCUCCCAAAUCCUUGGAAAUAUCGAAAGACUGGCAAUCAGAAACCAUAGAGUAUAAAGAUGAUCAGGACAUGCAUGCUUUAGGGAAAAAGCACACUCAUGAGAAUGUGAAAGAAACUGCCAUCCAAACAGAAGAUUCUGCUAUUUCUGAAAGCCCAAAAGGGCCACUGCCAAACCUUAAACCAAAGCCUAACCUGAGAACAGAGCAUCAAGUGCACAGUUCUGUGAGCUCACCUGAUGGUGCCAUGGUUAGUCCUCUGAAACCUACUCCCAAAAUGACAAGAGACACUGGCACAGCUCCUUUUGCACCAAAUUUGGAAGACAUAAACAAUAUUUUGGAAUCAAAAUUUAAAUCUCGGGCUUCAAAUCCCCAGGCCAAACCCAGCUCUUUUUUUUUGCAGAUGCAGAAGAGAGUAUCGGGUCACUAUGUGACAUCUGCAGCUGCCAAGAGUGUCCAUGCUGCCCCUAUUCCUGCUCCAAAAGAACUGACAAAUAAAGAGGCAGAAAGGGAUAUGCUGCCUUCUCUGGAGCAGACUCUUUCUCCCUUAAGUAAAACGCCUCACUCUGUUCCACAACCCCUUGUUGAAAAAACUGAUGAUGAUGUCAUCGGUCAGGCUCCUGCUGAAGCCUCCCCUCCUCCCAUAGCUCCGAAACCUGCGACAAUUCCUGCUAGUCAGGUAUCCACACAAAAUCUGAAGACUUUGAAAACUUUUGGAGCCCCACGACCAUACUCAAAUUCUGGUCCUUCACCGUUUGCUCUUGCUGUAGUGAAGAGGUCACAGUCUUUCAGUAAAGAGCGCACCGAGUCACCUAGUGCCAGUGCAUCCGUCCAACCUCCAGCCAACACAGAAGAAGGGAAGACUCAUUCUGUAAAUAAAUUUGUGGACAUCCCACAACUUGGUGUGUCUGAUAAGGAAAAUAACUCUGCACAUAAUGAACAGAAUUCCCAAAUACCAACUCCAACUGAUUGCCCAUCAUUCACUGUUAUGAGACAAAGUUCUUUAACAUUCCAAAGCUCUGACCCAGAACAGAUGCGACAGAGUUUGCUGACUGCAAUCCGUUCAGGAGAGGCUGCUGCCAAAUUGAAAAGGGUGAAUUUCCUCCUUGGGGUCCCUUCAUCCGCUGAGAAGAAGAUGUGGUGAAGCUUUGAACAAGGCAUCAGCACUUAGACUCCCCAGAGGGAGUCCUCUCCCUAAACCUCUGUUGUCUUCUCCCCUUAAUUCUCCUGGUUGGAAGCACCUCCGCAUCUAAGACAAGGAAAGUACUUAUUAUUCCAUUAACUCUCUAGGCAUUUCAUUUUGUGAAUUCCUUCUGUGAUCAUUUUAAAAGCCAUUUAGAGAAUAGUAAGAGACUUGUUGAGCAAAACAUUAGGCUCAACAGAAAUUAAAUCUGCAAAGGAACAGGAAUGCUACAAAGAUAGGAAAAGAAAUGGGGAAAGGCUUUCCGGGCCUUUCAGCCAUAUCAACAUUGGCCAAACUUGACUGCAUAAGCCAACUUCCUUGGUGUGUAUGUGAGGAGGUAUGAGUGACAGUCAUUCCUCCCAGAGGACUUGGCACCCUGUCUGGGCAAACAUGGAGACAAGGCAGAAUACUGGGUGCUGUCAGGAGUGGAGGAAACAGGAGGGAAUACUACAGUGGAUUCGAUUUGAAUUUUGUAAAUUAUUUGUAGAGUCUGAUUUUAGGUGCCAGGCAGCAUAACAAUUUGGUAUAGCUUUUUUUUUUUUUUUUUUUUCUUUUAUUAUUAUUAUUAUUAUUAUCAUCAUUAUUAUACUUUAGGUUUUAUGGUACAUGUGCGCAAUGUGCAGGUAAGUUACAUAUGUAUACAUGUGCCAUGCUGGUGCGCUGCACCCACCAACUUGUCAUCUAGCAUUAGGUAUAUCUCCCAAUGCUAUCCCUCCCCCCUCCCCCCACCCCACAACAGUCCCCGAAGUGUGAUGUUCCCCUUCCUCUGUCCAUGUGUUCUCAUUGUUCAAUUCCCACCUAUGAGUGAGAAUAUGCGGUGUUUGGUUUUUUGUUCUUGCGAUAGUUUACUGAGAAUGAUGAUUUCCAAUUUCAUCCAUGUCCCUACAAAGGACGUGAACUCAUCAUUUUUUAUGGCUGCGUAGUAUUCCAUGGUGUAUAUGUGCCACAUUUUCUUAAUCCAGUCUAUCAUUGUUGGACAUUUGGGUUGGUUCCAAGUCUUUGCUAUUGUGAAUAAUGCGGCAAUAAACAUACGUGUGCAUGUGUCUUUAUAGCAGCAUGAUUUAUAGUCCUUUGGGUAUAUACCCAGUAAUGGGAUGGCUGGGUCGAAUGGAAUUUCUGUACUUAUAUGGUAUAGCUUUUAAUAUUGAAAUUGGUUUUUCAUCGGUCAUGACAAAUUUAUAUUUUUAGAGGAGGAUAAAUGCCCAUGUUAAUAAAUUACACAUCCUCACGAAAAGUUUUCUUUUUCUGAUCUUGUAAAUUAAGGAUGAGUUUCAAACCAAGCACUACUGAUUUCUCAGUUCAAUAAAUUUGGCAAGCAUUUUUAAAGCACAUAAGUAACAAAUAUUGUACUAGAUACUGAGAAUACAAAAAUGAAUAAAAUGAAGCCUCUGUCUUCUGUGCAUUCACAGCCUGGUCCUGAGAUACAUUAGUAUAUCAGGCCCAUGGGAGAACCAAGUUACUACACAGAAACUGAUUGCGAUGCCUUUAUACUAGGUCAGUGAAGAUAUUCAUCAGUUUCAAUGAACUAAUUGCAGAAAACUGCAUUAAGUUGGAAAUGCCUUUUAGGCCAACAGAAUUAUACAGGCCAGCAGCUAUAUACUUGGUGUGUUAUGGGCCCUGACUUGGCAGUCCUUUCACACAGAAAACUCUCAUUGCUUCUAGAAUGAGCUGAAUAUGAAUCAACAUAAAAAGCGGGCAAUAAAUGAUUAUCCUAUAAUUGUUUCCUGUUUAAAACUAAUUAGGUUCUAUUGAAUCUAAAAUUUUCUUUCAGCGGAACCUUAUUGAUAGCUCUGAGUAUAGUGCCAGAUUCUAAUUUUUUUAAAUUAAAAAUCUCAUCUAUAAUCCAUCUCAUUUCACUAAAAAUAGACAUAGUAUCUAGUAAAGUUCACAAUAUACAAACUUCAUCACCAGCAUUUUUCACUUCUAGUUACAUACCCUAAAAAUGUUGUUAUUGUGUACCAGGACUCUCACACAUAAGAAUGUUCAUGGAAUAUUAUUUGUAAAAACUCCAAAUAAAUAUAACCCUAAUAUCCAAUUAGUAGAAUUAAUAGCAGUAUAUUCAAAGAAUGGACUGUCAUAUAGCCAUCAAAUGGACAAAAUAUAGUAAAAUGCAACAAUGUGCACAAAAAUACACAGAUAUAUAUGCAUAAAGUUUGACAGCAUACAAAAAUAAUUUACAUUAUUUAGUGAUGCAUGCAUAAGCGGCAGUUAUUUUUAAAAGCAAGGAAGUAAUUACAAAACUUAUGAUAGCGCUUACUUCCAGAGGGAAAAAAGAGGGGUUGGUGAGGGCUUAUUGAUGUAGGCCAUGCACACAAUUUAAGGGGGAAUCAAAAAGCUAAGUAAUCCAGAUAAAUGUUAUUUAUUGUAAUGCAAUAAAAAUAUUCAAAAUAAGGCUAAAAUCUAUGCUGAAGAAAAUACCACAAUUUUAAAAGAAGAUUAAUAGGGAACUUGGAGGUAUGUUUUCUCUUGACAUGAGUGGUGCAUUGUAUGCACAUUUGUUUUUCACUGGGCUGCGUAUUUACAUUUAGUGAAUUUUUCUAUACAUAUAUUCUAUUUCAAAAAAUUGCAAAAGGAAGUAAAAAUGGGCACAGGCAGGCUCUUAAUUUCUUGUGAUCUUUGCUUAAGUCAUAUGUUUCUGUUCUGUACUGAAGAUUUCUUCUAGUUUCUUUUAAAUUCUGACAUUUCUUUUAUAGAACAACAAUUAUAUUGCCAAAUAAAAUCUCCAGUGAUUUUGAUAGUAGAUUUAGAUUGUUCAUCAGAAAGUUGGCUCUGUGUUUCUCUAUAUCUUGGCACCCAAAUGAUCAAUUUAACUCCAGGUACCCACUUGUCUUAUGGCUCUGGUUCAUACGCAGGCAAUUAACCUUCAUUAUAAUGGUUGGUUCACAAUAGAACAAUUAUCUAGUUGAUUGCUCUAGUGUAAAUGUAGUCAUAAAUAUGCCAUGGUUUUUUUUCAUGUUUCAGAAGGGAUUUUUUGCAUACCUUACCCCUACUCAACCCCCAUGUAGUCACAGAGAUUAGUCUUUUCUUCAAGUAAAGCAUUAAUAAAUCGAGCUCAGUAUGUUAUAAAUUGUGUGAUGUUAAGGUUUAUGAAUCAGCAAAUUAUUUACAAAGAGUAAGACAGAUUAAUUCAUUACCCUUGGCCUGUGUUGACAUGAGAACAACUUUGGCUUUCAGUACUUGGUGGUCUCUGAUUUACUAAAAAUCAAGUUAUUACCCUAUUACAAGUAAGGUCUGAAAAUAGUGAAUGAUAUUUUGAUAUUUAUCAGUAUGUAUUAAGUGUUUUUCAAAUGUAAGAUUUAUCUUUGGUUCAACAGAAGGUGGAGGGAAGGAAAAAACUGAGUAAGUCACACAGAAUCUUGCUGGCUUGUUUUGUUUAUUUAAUUAGUUUUUUUAAUUCAUAUUUCCUUAGUUUAAAUUUGAACAACCAAAGAGUUUCAGGUUGGCAGCGAUUUCUACGUUUUUAAAGUAAAUGUAAAUGAUAGAAAUUUUUAUAGUUACAUUCCUUAUGGAAAAAAGAAAGCCAUGUGAAAUUCCUAAAAAUGCUUUAAACUUCAAGAGUAGACAAUCAACUAGUAGAUAUUCACAUCAGUAAAUUCUUAAAUGUUGUUUUUUUAAGUAUCUGUAUUAUAAGUGUAAUAUGUUCCUCAUUCAAAAACAUUCAAGUGAUACCUUCUUUUCUGUUUAUGAAUGUUUGUAAAAAGUUACCAUAUUCCAUUUAAGAAAUAUUUAUUGAGCACUACACUGUCCCAGGCACUAAAAUAUUGAUAUGAAGUAGGUAUAAACCGGCAUUAAAAUCAAUAAGAUCUCUGCCCUCAGAAUGCAUAAACUAGUAUUCUGUUGAUGGCUUCUUGUGUUUAAAAGUUUAGUAAACAAGUUUUUAAAUAAUAAAGAAGAUGUCAUUUCUCUUCAAAAAUAACCAUUCUUGAUAGGUUGCUCUGUAAGCUUCUAGCCCACUUUUGUAGUAUGUAAACGUAUUUAAUUUACAAAAUGGAAUCCUCUGCAAAUCCAUUCAUAAACAAAUGUCUCUUUGAAGCAUUUUUAAAUUGUUUAUAUAUACACAUAUACUAUUCUUUUAAAGAUUACAUAGUAUUUGACUUUAUGAAUGUGACAUAGCUUAUUUGUUCAUUAUUUGUGGACAUUUAAGUGGAUUCUGUAUAUGAUGGUACAAUGAGCAUCUUUUACAUGGAGACGUUUAGAGCCAUCAAGAUGUUUUCCAAAUGCCUAAAACAAAUUUUCUCCUUCACAAAGAAUUAUGAGAACUGCAAUUUUGGCAAGAAUUACAAAAUAAUUAUCCUGUACACAGAAACAUUUAGGACCAAGGUUCCACAAUGGAAGUCAUCACCUCUGCAGUCAAUUAAGUGUACUGAUUUCCUUUCCUUAUGGGGGCCCAGUGUGCAAUGGCUGCAAACAGCAGCUUCCUUGGUGGUGUAUGCAGCCUGUUUCCUGUAUAGGUUGCUCUAAGGGACCUUGAUAGUAGGCCUUUCAGAUGUAUGUUCAUGUCUCUGACCUUGCACUACCCCAAGGUAGGCUCCGAACAGGCAUGCGAGGUGCCUUUGGAAAGCCCCAGGGCACUGUGGCCAGGGGUCACAUUGGCCAAGUUACCAUGUCCAUCCGCACCAAGCUGCAGAACAAGGAGCAUGUGACUGAGGCCCUGCACAUGGCCAAGUUCAAGUUCUCUGGCUGCCAGAUGAUCCACUUCUCAAAGAAAUGGGGCUUCACCAAGUUCAAUGUCGAUGAAUUUGAAGACAUGGUGGCUGAGAAGUGGCUCAUCCCAGAUGGCUGUGGGGUCAAGCACAUCCCCAUCGUGGCCCUCUGGACAAGUGCCAGGCCCUGCACUCAUGAGGGCUUCCACUGUGCUGCCCCCUCUUAAUACUCACCAAUAAAUUCUACCUCCUCUCCAAAAAAAAAAAAAAAGAAAGAAA